AUGUCGAAUACGGCGCUAUUUGGGAUUGAGCCUGGGAAAUCGCUUACAACAACAGAGCGUUCAAAAACUUAGUGAUGUUUUAAGAAUAGGAAUAAUGGGUAGACAGGAAUGGAUAAAUAAUAUGAUAUACUUCCAGGCGCGGUGUCGCGGAUAUUUGAUGAGGAGAGAACUAAAGUGUGUCCAGGCUGAGUAUGAGGACAUAGUGAGGGAGCUGGAGGGAGGUGUGGAGCACCUGAGCUGGAGAGGACAGUUCAUACCUAAACCUCACUUCACUGACGCUGACACGGACGGCGCCUUUUUCAGGUAUCCUCAGCCGAAGAUCCGGAUCCAGGAAUGUCCCGAGGACGUGGAGAAAGAGAAGGAGCGAGCGGGUGAUGAAACACCUUGCCUUCAGUCAGAGGUCCUGGUUCCUGAGAGGGACGCAGAACCGAGUUGUGGCGCAGAGGGAGACUGCAGAGAGACCAGCGUACCAUCGGGGGGCGAUACGGAGCGAGAGGGUGAAGCUGCAGAGGGCGCUCUGCAGAUGAGCGACAGCAUACUGCAGCAUAGUGAGCCUCCCCCAAUGCACACUCUGCUGAAAGGUGUAGCACACACUCCAGAAGCUCUGAAGCAGCACAGAAACACUCUGGCCAUGGAGCUGCUGUGGAUCCAACAGGCCAUCGCCAGCAGGAAGAAAUAUCUGACCCUGAAGCAGAAGAUGGAAACAUCGUAGCGAUAAAGCACCUGGGAAUGCUGAAAGAGUGGACACUUGAGUGUUUAGUGGCUUCACGAGUGAAGGUUUAAUUGGACAUGAAUGCGACCUUCUUAUUGACCUUCUUCAACGUGUUCUCCUGUCACCUUCUUAUUUCUGAUGGAAAUGCCGGGGGGCGGGGGGGAUAAAAGCGUUGAAGAAAGCACAAUAUCAAGAACUUAAAGGCCUUUUUUUAUAUCGAGCCGUGUCGCUGUUCCUGUUGAUUUUGUUUAUUUGUAUUGAUUUUUUUUUUUUUUAAAUCUUUAAUAAAUGCUAUUUAUUUUCAACACG